AUGCCAACCUACCUCUGCCACGGCUUCCGCUGGCAGCGCCGCUCCAUCCGCGUAUACACCGUCGUACAAGACCUUGACGACGUCUCGCCCGAGUGGCUGAUUCGGCCCACCAGCUCGCGCUGUCUCCUGCAGAGUUUCUACAACUUGUUUGAGUUUUUGCCUUAUUGCUCGCCGCAUGAACCUGAGACUUGGGAUAGUAAUGAGGACGAGGACGAGGAUGAAGACGAGGAUGAGGGGGAUAAGUCUGGGGAAGAAAAUGGGGAAGAAGAAGCAGUAGUAGUACCGGGGAGUCGUGGUAGUCGGGGGGAGAAAGGGAGUGAGGAGCAGAGGACUCAGUGGCCGAAGCGAAAGGAGAGUCUUGGUGUGCUUAGGGGUCAUGGAUCCGAAGGGACUACGGGAAAGGGGAUGGGGACUAUGGGAAAGGAGAUGGGAAAGGGGAUGGGAAAGGAAAAGAGAGAGAUCACCGCCAUCCCUGUGGGCAGUAACAACAGGUCGUCGAUAAGUCGUACCCGUACCAUCAGCCGCAGUCCAAGUCUGAGACUUCCGUUGCAAGGCGUACGAACCCCGUCCAGGACGCGCCUCCAAACUACCGCCGCUGCCGCCGCCUCCGCCGCGACCACUCCUACUACUCCUACUGCUCCUACUGCUGCCAUACCUGCCCCAGCGUCGACUCCGGCGUUGAGAACUGCCAGCACCUCGGGAGUUUCUUCAGCAGGAAAAGGACGAAAGGGAAAGACAACGGGAAACAGCAGCAGCAGCAGAAGGAGCGAAUCUCACAGCCCCAACCGCAAAAAAGACGAGCUGAGCGCCCAACGCUGGUCAGCAGUCAAAGUCCUCGAGGAGUACGACCCAAACAACCUCGACGAAGUCUCGCGGCCUUAUGCUUACGUGGCCGAUCACGUGGUGCGCGUGGAUGGAGCGGCAGAUAUUCUGGCGGAAGUGAGGCGCGGCGGGAGUGGAGGGAGUGGGGAGUAUCAUGAUGCUCUCGAGCACCUUGAAGAAAGCGCAAAGGAGAAGGAAGAGACCUGGAUUGAGCAACUCCGCGAUGAGCUCCAGCGUGGAGAAGAGAUCAAGUGGUACGUGGUCGUCAACGGGGAUGAAGAGCGCAAUUAUUCGAAUCCGAGUGACUCGGACGAUGAAGACGAAGAUGAAGACGAGGACGAGUCCGAGAUACCGAUUAUCAUGGUUACCCCUACGAGGUCGACGUUUCCUGAUGAGACCGAGACUGAGACGGCUGGAGCUGUCGGUGAGAAGCGAAUGGUAGAGCAGCCGCAACAACCCCAACCACAACCGCAACAGCAGCAGCACCAGCAUCACCAGCAGCAACAGCCACAACAGCCGCAACCACAACCACACCCCCAACCACACCAGCACCACCAAAUCAACGAGACAGAACCAGGACCCCGACGCGGCUCCACCGCAAGCGCCAACCCGGACAUGGGCACAAUAACAUCCACCACCGUCCCCCUAACAAGCAGUUUCUCCCUCGACACCAGCCCCUCCAACGCUCCCACACCCACCACCAUUCCCGCCCUGUCUCUCAAACCACUCAAACCUCCCAAGAAGCAGUCCACCCUUCCCACCCUCCCCACCAUUUCCACCUCUUCCCUUUAUCUCCUCGCGGUGGUGGUGGACAAACUGAAACCGGAUCAAAUCAUAAUAAAGUCCCCACUGCGCCGUCGUCCCCGGUCGUGGUCAAGAUUAGUGCUGGGCCUGCUGCUGGGCCUGCUGAGGUACAGACACAGACACAGGGACAGGGACAAGCGGCUGCGAGCCCUGUUGUAG